AUGGAUCAUGCUACCAUUAGAGAAAGACAAGUGAUUCUCAGUGUAUUAAAAACAACUGAUUAUAUUGGUAUGAAUAUCAGAGGUGGAAAUGAAUAUGGAUUAGGUAUAUAUGUAUCCAGGUUAGACAGAGGCGGAUUAGCUGAAAGAAAUAAUGUUUGUGUUGGGGACCAAAUUGUAGCUGUCAAUGGAACCAGUUUUGAGAAUGUCAAUCAUACAUCAGCUGUGGAGUUUCUUAGAGCUCACAGGACUCUUAAACUAACAUUAAAGGUAUGUAAACAAUUUUGA